CUGGCGGUCAUAUAUGAUACUACCGUUCAGCUGACUCAAGUUCGUAAACAUUCCACACUUUAUUUUCUUUCCCGACUAUAAAGUUUUUCGCAAAAUAAGGAAACAAUAACAUUCAUAGAACAAUGGCUCAAGUUAUACCUACUAACGCUCCGGAUCAUUGUCCUGGAACACAGAGUGAAUCAGCUGGUAAAGUAUCAGCAUGUGCAGGCUGUCCUAAUCAGAAUAUAUGUGCUUCUGGAGCCACGAAAGGCGUUGAUCCUGGGAUUGAACAAGUCAGAGAACACUUAGAAUGUGUGAAAAACAAAAUUCUAAUUUUAUCAGGCAAAGGUGGCGUAGGUAAAAGCACAGUGACUACACUACUCUCUCGAGCACUAGCAGCUCAGGAUAGUGAAAAGAAUGUUGGUGUUCUUGAUAUUGAUAUUUGUGGUCCUUCACAACCAAGACUUCUUGGUGUACUGAAUGAACAAGUUCAUCAAUCUGGUUCUGGAUGGUCACCAGUGUAUGUUGAGGAUAAUUUAUCUGUGAUGUCAAUUGGAUUUUUACUAGCUUCUCCUGAUGAUGCUGUCAUUUGGAGAGGUCCCAAAAAGAAUGGCAUGAUCAAACAGUUUUUAACUGAGGUAGACUGGGGUAACAUGGAUUAUUUGCUUAUUGAUACACCACCUGGUACAUCUGAUGAACAUCUUUCUGCUUCAACUUAUUUAUCACAAGCUGGCCUGACAGGAGCAAUUAUUGUUACUACUCCUCAAGAAGUUGCGCUUUUAGACGUUCGUAAAGAGAUCGACUUUUGUCGCAAAGUAAACAUUAAUAUAAUUGGAGUAGUCGAGAACAUGUCUGGGUUUGUUUGUCCAUCAUGUAAGUUUGAGGCAGAAUUAUUCAAACCCACUACUGGGGGCGCAAUUAAAAUGUGUGAGGAAUUGAACGUUCCGUUUUUGGGUAAAUUGCCGUUGGAUCCGAAAAUAGCUCGGUGUUGUGAUGAAGGAAAGGACUUCAUGGCAGAGUUGCCGGAUUCUCCAGCUGUUUUGGCACUGAAGCAUAUUUUAAAAAAUCUGUCGCCAGUUUGUAAAUAAUUCCAACCAAAUUAAUUAACUUUAAAAAGUAAUACUUUGCUACACAUUGGAAUCUACUGUUACAUUGUUACAAUAAAAUUUUAAAUAAAAAAUCACAA